AUGGGUUCAGAGCGCCUAGGUGCAGCAGCAAUGCAUAGCCAAGGUAUUGAUGUCCUCAUGAACGCUAUCCGUCUCGGCGAGAUCAAUGCUGUUCGGGAACACCUAAUAGCUUCUAAACAUCACCUCAAUGCCGUGGAUAAAUUUGACUAUUCUCCCAUCGGUUUGGUAGCAAUCCUAUUCAGGCAAGCCUCUGUGGCCACUAUGAUAUCCUCGAGCUCCUUUUAUCACUGGGAGCUAGGUGCGACAGAGGCACCUUCCAAGGUGAAAGACAACAAACAGCCAUAUGCAACGCUGUUGUCGUCUCUACUAUCCAAGGAGGUUGGCUGCGCCUCCCUAACAGGAAUUUAUCGGCCACGUCCAGAUGGUGACACUUUUCUCCAUCCACAUAACAGUGGGGAUGGAAUUGUUGCCCAUGCCUUUGUUCUAAUAGCUCGCUCAAAGUACUUCCGUGACAUCAUGGAGUCUUCGGAAUCGCUACAGGUUGACCGAUUGCCGAUUCCAACGGAUGGGAACUCAACCCUAGCAGUACUCAGGUGUAUGUAUCUGAUCGAUUCGGACGAUAACACCGAAACUGGGGAUACCCCGGACUCUAUCAAACUUUCGGUUUAUUUCGGCCUACCUUCCCUAAGCAAAUCAACCAAUACGGAGCCGAGAGAUGGUACAAACAGGCACACAUCGCUUAUCGAAGCUGCGCAAGAUGACUUUCUUCGACUGUGGGACGAAUGUUUGAGCGUUCCUCUCUGUCUGCCUCGUGGCGAACCAUUUUCUGUUUCUAAAUUAGCACCCCGAGUUCAAGUCCUACGACCGGAUGUUGUGUUAGAGGUAGGGUCGCAGUUCGACGACGAGGUUUUUUUUUAUGCGGUUCAUAAAGCCAUGAUCCAAAGCGAUUUCAUCUGUACGGCGGUCCGGUUCAAGCAAGCGUUCCAGUCAUCACAGAUAGGUGGGCCCACAAUAGUAUCCAUCGAUGUCUCGCCUCAAAUUAUGGAAGCAAUUUUGAAAUGGUUUUACACCGAUAUGGUGGAUAUUCCAGUAGAGGCUGCCCUCGAUUUACUACAAGCAGCAGACAUGCUUUUAAUCGAGAGGCUAAAAUCCAGAGCGUGCUUACUUCUAACGACCCAAGAUAGCGAUGAUUUAUUGACCGGGGAACGCGGAUAUUCUAUCUUCGACGUUGCCCGAGCGGGCUGGAUGACAGGGACGUUUCUUAAGCUUGAUCCAUUCUGCGCCAGGUUCCUUGCAAAUCGUCUGGAGAAGUGUCUGGAGGAGGGCACCAUCAGGUUUCAGUUCGAAGAGCUUAUCCGCGAGUCAGCCAGUAGGAUUCAGAAGAGAGAGGAAACGGAUACGAUAGAACUUAUCGAUGACCUUCGGUACUAUUUGAGCGAACGGUUUAGGAUGCGGUUCGAAGCACUUCCCGCGCACAUGUUUUCCGAUGAAUCGCAGAAUCAUGUCGACAACAUGGAGGCCCAAACCGAGCACACGACCGAGGUACUCAAGACCGACAACCAUGAAUACGAAAGGCUUACUGGUGCCCUUGACGAACUUUUAGUUAAACUGGGGUUUGAUGUGUAA